AUUAUUAUUAUUGUUAUUGUUAUUUUUUUUUAGCUUACGCCCUGCGACGGAGAGAGGCAGUUGGAAGGAGGCGCUGCUCGGCGUCGACCGAAACCCUAGCGCAGGGAGGAGGGAUAGAGAUUGCUCGGUUUCGGCGGCGGGUAGGGGAUCUGCUGUUGGGCUUCGCGACGGUGGAGGAUUCGGCGGAUCGGAUGGCCGAGAAGGACGGGCGGAGCGAGAGCAGUAACUACACGUCGGAAGACGAAGGUACCGAGGACUACCGGCGCGGAGGCUACCACGCCGUCCGGAUCGGGGAUUACUUCAAGCAGGGAAGCUAUGUCAUCCAGGCCAAGCUUGGCUGGGGUCACUUCUCCACCGUGUGGCUCGCUUGGGAUACUGUCCACUCCCGGUAUGUAGCGUUAAAGGUGCAGAAGAGCGCGCAGCACUACACAGAAGCGGCCAUGGACGAGAUUAAGAUCUUGAAGCAAAUCGCGGAUGGGGAUCCUGAGGACACUCGCUGUGUGGUGAAGUUGCUGGAUCAUUUCAAGCAUUCAGGGCCAAAUGGGCAGCAUGUGUGCAUGGUCUUUGAGUUCCUUGGAGAUAACCUUCUCACACUUAUUAAGUACACCGAUUAUCGGGGGAUGCCACUCUCUAAGGUGAAGGAAAUCUGCCACUAUGUCCUUAUUGGGCUUGACUAUCUCCACCGGGAUCUUUCUAUCAUCCACACUGACCUCAAGCCAGAGAAUAUCCUCCUCAUGUCUAGUCUUGACCCAGCCAAGUAUCCUAGUCGAUCGGGUGCUCCACUUAUCCUUCCCAGUGUUAGAUCUGAAGAGCCCCCACCAACAUCUCCUUCUUUAUCGAAUGGUGACCUUACAAGAAACCAGAAGAAAAAACUCAGGAGGAAAGCGAAGCGUGCAGCUGCUGCUACGUCAGGAAGCUCAACAGCCAUGGCAGGGGAGAGUGGUGAUUUCGAGGAUAAAGGAGAUUCAACAGCAGCAAGUGAUGGUGGUGGUGGUGCCGAAGCGUCCAAUAGAGCAUCCCAGGGCUGUAGGAGAGGGAAUAAGACUACAAGGAAGAGACUGGCAAUGGAGGCAGAUCUCAGGUGCAAGAUAGUUGAUUUUGGAAAUGCAUGUUGGACAUAUAAGCAGUUUACUAGUGACAUCCAGACAAGGCAGUAUCGGUGUCCUGAGGUGGUUCUUGGGUCUAAAUACUCUUCGUCUGCCGAUUUGUGGUCAUUUGCUUGUAUAUGUUUCGAGCUGGCCACGGGAGAUGUGCUAUUUGAUCCACAUAGUGGAGAUAAUUUUGACCGAGAUGAGGAUCACUUGGCAUUGAUGAUGGAACUACUAGGGAUGAUGCCCCGCAAAAUUGCCUUGGGCGGACGAUAUUCGCGCGACUUCUUUAACAGGUACGGGGACUUGAGGCACAUCCGGCGGUUGAGAUUUUGGACCCUCAACAAAGUUCUUUUGGAGAAGUAUGAUUUCAGUGAACAAGAUGCCAAUGACAUGGCUGAUUUCCUUGUCCCAAUAUUGGACUUUGUUCCUGAGAAGCGCCCCACUGCUGCCCAAUUACUUAGUCAUCCUUGGAUCGAUGUUGGACCAUGGAUACGCGAGCUAAGUUUGCCGCAGUUGGAUCAAGGCCACCCUUCAGCAGAUGUUCCUUCAGAAAAACAGAGGAUAGAUAAGGAUGAAGGGGACGCAAUGGCAAUAGGAUUGGGUAAUAUCGCCAUUGAUGGCUCUUCAAAGUCGAUAAAAGAUCCUCAGCCCAACCCUUAACCAUCCAAGGGGAGUAUUUCUGCUUCUCGAUAGCCAGACCCUCUCAGAUCCCAGCAAGGCUUUUCUCACUUAUUCAAUCCACACUGUGUGUGUUUUCGAUAUGUAAAAUGGAAAGUUUUUAGAAUGAAAGCUUUGGAUGUUUAGUUCCUUCACCACAGAAAAGGUCUGCUGGAGAGUUCUUUCUCUAUUUUGUUGAACAUUUUUUCCCUGUAUGAAAUUUGUCAUCAAAUUUCUUCAAAGAUGGAAUUGUUGCUAGUUGAGUUUU